UUAAAAUUAAUUUCAUUAAGCUGCCCUCUUUAAAAGAAUUUCUACGAAUUCCUUUAGAUGUAUUUAUUGUCUUAAUCAAUAACCGAUAAGUCAGAAUGAAUUAAAUAUAAUAAAUUCCUGAUAAGUCAGAAAAAUGAAUGCAUUUUCUCGCGAAUAAAUAAGUUCCUCAUAAUAAAGAGGCUGAUAAGCCCGUCUCAUGGCGGCUGUUAAACCCAAGACCCUAUAGUAAAGGCACCAGUCGCAAAAUGAAUACCGUGGUUGUCGGGUUUACGUGCCUACUUCUUCCCCUACUGGGAUCCGCUCAGUUCAUCGAUAUGGCGUGUGGGAUUCGAGCUCCCAAUCCCAUUGGGGCCCGGAUCAAGAAUGGAACGAUCGCUGGAUUGACAUCAAGUCCUUGGAUGGCCUUCCUACAUUCGACGACAGGAAGAUUCAUUUGCGGUGGAUCCCUAAUUACUCACCGUCUGGUGCUGACUGCAGCUCAUUGCUUUCUACCCAAUAUCCAGCUAAUUGCUCGUUUGGGAGAGUAUGAUAGAGAAGAAUACGAAAAGUGCCAUGGUAGCUACUGCACCUUUCGAACGGAGGCUAGAGUGGAGAGGGGAUUCCGGCACCGUCUUUAUGAUCCAGACACGAUGGCCAACGAUAUAGCCAUUCUGCGACUGGUCAGGAGAGUGGAGUAUACAGAUAACAUCAGACCCAUCUGCAUUGUAUGGGACACUAGAUGGAGGAACUACAUUAACUCCAUAGAUCCGGUCACUGGCACUGGAUGGGGUAAAACGGAAUCUGAUGGAGAUAGCGGCAAGCUCAUGACUGUCGACUUAUCCCGCCAACAAACGGAGAUCUGCCAGCGUUUCAUCUAUCGAACUCUCACGAGUACUAUGUUUUGCGCCGGAAAUUGGGAUAGCAAUCUAUGCAACGGUGAUUCCGGCGGUCCAGUGGGAGCAAUGGUUCCUUUCCAAAACUCUCAGCGCUUCAUCCAAAUUGGAAUCGCCAGCUUUACGAACACCCAGUGCUCAAAAGCCAGUGCUUUCACGGAUGUCCUGAGCUAUGUCGACUGGAUCCUUGCGGUGUAUAACUACCACCAAAGCUAACCUGAAACAAUUCCAAUACGAUUAUAAUGUUCUUACUGACAUAAAGAAAAGAUUUAAUAUA